AUGGCUACUGUCCUUGAUGUCCGGAGCGAGGUGACAGGCAAGCGCCCCAUCAAGCUGACCCCGAAGAUGCAGGGAGCUGGGGGUCUUGGUACCCGCUUGAGUGGCGGUGUCAAGAAGCGCAAGGCUGUUGGCGGCCGACUGAUCACGAAAGCGCGCAAGGAUGGCGCUUCUGAGCACGUCGAUGACAACGAUGAUGUCGACGAUGUUGCGGGCAACACCGGCAUUGACAACGCCUCUGCUGCCGCAGCUGACCCGUCUAGCGGUGCUGGUGAUGCCGCUCCCUUGGGGGUCCAAGUCCAUGCUGACGACUUCAGUGAUGAGGAGCAUGAUGAGGAAGAGGAACGCACGAAGCUGCAGACGGAAAAGCAAGUUUUAACCGUAACGCUCAUUUCCUGUGCUGCAGGGGACGGGCGACAGGACACGCUGAACAACAUCACCGAGCGUGAUGGGGCGUCGCUUCCCUCUCAAAGUCCUGCUGGGAGCCCCCUGGAGGGUGUUGCCGCGGCAUCUGACCAGGCUGCUAACGGGCGGCUUGCUGAGUUGGAGCGAACCACGCAGCAGCAGUCACAGCUGAUUUCGUCGCUUUUGUUGCAACUUAACAACGGGUCCUGCUCCCUGGAGAGGGGUGCGAUGGGUCAUGCCUCGGGGUCUCCAAGCACCAAUGGAACGCCGCGAUCAGCACCAACGUCGCAGCAAGCUCAUGUCGCCACACCCGAACGCGAAAUGCUGCAGCGCCCGACAUCCAACCGUGCUUCCCCUGUCGUGCCGCGGAAGCGGAAGUAUCCAACGAUGAAGAACAACGGUAACGUGUGCGACGUAGUCCUGCACACGUCACUCAGCGGUAUCCCGUUGAGGGACCAGAUCCUCAUGCGCCAGUUGCCUUCCUAUGGCAAGGCAUGGAACUCGACUUGUUCUUCUCGCAUGCUGAUUUGCCACGUUUCCAAGUUUCCAAAUCUCCCUAUUCUUUUCCGCAUUCCCAUGUACCAGAAAAAAAUGGAGCUUGCUGUGGUUGUGGCGUUCUUUCGCCAACCGGACGACGUUACGAGCGUGUACCCGUCAGAAAGCGUGGUGAUGCGGUGCCUCAUCGGUGUUUGGGGCGAGAGCAAGGCUGCCGCGCUAGUAGCAGUCAUGACGUACUGCGUGGCGCGGGCAGGCGCUUCAACGCGCAAGCAGAGUGAUUGGCGUGCGCGGAUCUCGAUGAAUGGGCGCCGGAAUUUUGCUGACGCCUAUGGGCUAGCUUGCGAAGCGAAUCCCCGUCUGAAGUUCGAUUACAGCGAGCUGAUUUGUGAUGAGGAGCGCACACCGACCCAAGUAUACAACUUGGAGAGCAAGGGUGGGAUACCACUGGUCAAGCCUCUUGAAAAGGGAGGGCUUCUUAUCUGGCACUUUGCUGAAGGCACGAUGCGCCCGUUUGGCACUGCGCUCUUCGACAUCAUCGUCCGCAACGCAUUUCAGAAGGGUGCUGGCGGGUCGGCUACGGUGGUGAAGGCGUACCACAUCGCCUAUCUGCUGUAUCUGUCCCCCUUUGAGUUCUCACUGGGCGAGUACGGGCAGUCCCCCUUUGAGUUCUCACUGGGCGAGUACGGGCAGUCCCCCUUUGAGUUCUCACUGGGCGAGUCAGGAGGGAGCCUGCAGCUCGCAGUGAUGAGCGGCACCAUCAAAUGGCCGCACCCGCCGCUCUCCGCCUCCUCUUUUCCAUCCCCUAAUCUCCCCUCUUUUCUCCUUCUCCCCAUUUUCCCCCCUCCCCCACCCCUACCCUUGCUUCCUGCACUCUUUCCCCGGCCCUUUCUCCCCAUUCCCUCCCGCCUUUUUUCUUCUCCUUUCCCGAACCCCAGGUACGGGCAGUCCCCCUUUGAGUUCUCACUGGGCGAGUCAGGAGGCAGCCUGCAGCUCGCAGUUGAAUAUUCCGUGGUGCACCACAAGGCUCGUGGCAAACGCAUUCCUACGGAUGCGGAUGUGAAUGCAGCUGACAUUGCCUGCUACCACCGCAAGGUGAAGGCGGCCAUUCGCAAGACCCUCGAGGAGUCCCCGGAUGACCAGCUUCCUGCAUGGUCGGAGCAGUAUCAGGGGUGGGUGUUUGGACCCACCGAGACUGUGGUGAUCUCGGGCAGCGGCUUCCCCGACCUCGUUCCCGAUGGGGCUGACCCCGAUGCUGCCGAGAAGAAGGCGGUUGCUCUCCUGUUCGAGUAUGCCCAGGUGGAGCCCGAGAAAGGCAAGAAGAAGAAGACGGGUUCCAUCAACAGUGAUGCCACCAUGGAGCGUGAUCUCCUGGAUGAUGUGGGUGAGUGGGAGGAUGCGGAGGAUAGUCUGUAG